AUGUUUGCUCGCACUGCCAUCCGCAGCUGGAUUAAUAAGAACACGAAGGUGAUCUGCCAGGGUAUGACCGGUAAGCAUGGCGCCUACCAUACCAAGCAGGCCAUGGAGUACGGCACCAAAAUGGUUGGUGGUGUCAACCCCAAGAAGGCUGGAAGCGAAUUCCUUGGAUUGCCUGUCUUUGGCACUGUUUCGGAGGCUGUCAAGGCGACAGGUGCUGAUGCUACUGUUAUCUACAUUCCCGCUCAGCACUGUGCUGCCGCGAUUGAGGAAGCUCUGGAUGCUGAAAUUCCCCUUGUUGUUGUCAUUACGGAGGGAAUUCCACAGUGGGAUAUGCUUCGCGUCAAGUCCAUGCUUCUUUCUCAGAACAAGACGCGCCUAAUUGGACCCAACUGCCCCGGUAUUAUUUGCCCGGAGGAAUGCAAGAUCGGCAUCAUGCCUGGCCACAUCCACAAGAAGGGCUGCAUUGGUGUGGUGUCCCGAAGCGGUACACUCACCUAUGAGGCAGUUGCUCAGACCACGGCAGCAAACCUUGGCCAAACCCUGUGCGUUGGUAUUGGUGGUGACCCGUUUAACGGCACGAACAUGAUUGACUGUGUCAAUUUGUACCUUGAGGAUCCCAAGACUGAGGGUAUUAUCCUUAUUGGUGAGAUUGGUGGAACUGCAGAGGAAGAGGCCGCGGAGUUUAUCAAGAACCAUCCCAUUAAAAAGCCAGUGGUGUCAUUUAUCGGUGGUGCGACUGCUCCCCCGGGCCGUCGUAUGGGCCACGCAGGAGCUGUGGUUUCUGGUGGACAAGGUACAGCAAAGGGGAAGAUGGAGGCUUUGAGGGCUGCGGGUGUCUUUGUUUCCGAGUCCCCUGCACAACUUGGUGAUAUGAUGGUCCAGGCUCUUAAGCAGAAGCAAUGA